AUGGAACUGAAGACGGUGAAAGCCGAACUCAAGAAGCAAUCUCAAGAUAAAGCGACAGGCUGCGAGCUGGGAAUCAAUGAACAAACGGGACGAUUGCAAUGGUGUCCGGGAUAUCGGUUCGCGAAGCUGCUGUUUGUGAUACCCGCUGCGAUGCUGCCGUUGGCGGUGCUAUUCUUAUUGUUUACACGGCUGCACGUGGCUGGAUCGGUCAAGCAUUCCGCUCAUCAUUAUCAGUCGCUGAGCUAUUAUUCUGACCAAUCAAAUCAAUUGGAUGACCUACAAUCUCGCUGCGAUGCGGUGCGAACAACGUUUUCGGAAGUGUUGGAUGUUGAGGAACGCGAUAUCCUGAGAGAUUUGCGAACUUCUUUUGUUCCCAGGACACCAGUGGUUGUUCCUUCCCGCUGUGUAAGUACAGAUCGCCGCGAUGAUUUGGUCACAAUACCAGAGGAUGUAGAUAAGCCAGAUAUUGUCCCCAAUCAACGAAGAAAGCGGCUUGCUGUACGACGCAGAAAGGCAAAGAAAUCAAUUGCGCAGGGCAUCACGUGGAGCAACGAAGGCAAUCCGGAGAGCGUACGAAUGGCACAGGUAGAAAUCAUGAAACAGUACAUGGAUACGACCGUUAAUCCCUGUGAUGAUUUCUAUCAAUAUGCUUGCGGUAAUUGGGAUCGUGUUAAUCCUAUCCCGAAGGAUAAAGCAGGCUUGGACACUUUCGAAAUAUUGAGAGAAAGUUUGGAUGUUGUUUUGAAAAACCUUUUGCUUGAAACCACGGACGGUGGAGUUAUUGAUAUAGAAAACACCAUAUCUACUACAAUGUCGCCUAUCUAUAAUGAACACCUCCGUCGAGUAAGGAAACGAAUUAUGGGUAAGCGAGGAGUAUUGAACAAAUUAGUACUGAAGGCCCAGAUAAGAAAAGUUCAGAAACGGGAGCUGGCACAAGUUGCAUCGGAGAAUAGUUUGAAUAAUGCCGAAACAAAGGCGCGGCACUUGUUUAUAUCCUGUAUGAACUACAGCUUAAUUGAGAAGCGAGGACUCCAACCAUUGUUUAGCCUGCUUAAUUCCCUGGGCGGUUGGCCUGUGUUGGAUCCCAACUGGCGUGCGGAAAAUUUCGAUUGGCUCAAUUUAACCGCACAAAUACGAAGGUACAAUAAUGACAUACUCAUAGUUGAAUGGGUCGGUCCGGAUAUCAAGAACUCCGACGAAAACAUAAUUCAGUUUGAUCAAACCUCGCUGGGUUUGCCAACACGGGAUUACUUCCUCCAAGCUAGCAAUAAAAAGUAUCUGGAUGGAUAUAAACAAUUCAUGAUUGAUGUGCUUAUUCUAUUGGACGUUCAGCCAGAAGUUGCCAACGAAACGGCCGAUGAAAUGGUAGAAUUUGAGGUGCAGUUAGCUAAUAUUACAAGUUCGGUGGAGGAACGAAACAAUGUAUCCGUGCUGUACAAAAAGAUUAUUUUGGAAAACCUCCACGAUGAAGUUCCCGAGAUCGAUUGGACACGCUAUCUGACGAUCGUAAUGGACCGGCAAAUGAACAGCUCGGAAUUUGUAGUAAUGUUUGCACUGAACUAUAUGAAAGAUUUGGUACAACUGCUCGAUCAAACUGAUUCACGAACGGUAGCUAACUACAUUUUGUGGCGGUUUGUGAGACAUCGCAUCAAUAAUUUGGAUGACAGGUUUCUUCAGGCGAAGCAAAAGUUCUCUAAUGUACUUUUUGGAAGGGAGAAAAAUCCUCCACGUUGGAAAAAUUGUGUGAAUCAGGUAAACGCCAACAUGGGUAUGGCGGUCGGAGCCAUGUUCGUUCGAAAGUACUUUGAUGAGAACAGUAAACGUGAUACGUUAGCAAUGACACAUGAACUGCAACAGGCAUUUAGGGAAAUUCUGAACGAAACCGAAUGGUUGGAUGGACAAACGAAGCGGCUAGCUGAAAUGAAGGUAAAUGCAAUGUCGCUUAGAAUUGGCUAUCCGGAUUUUAUCUUAUCACACAAGGAGCUGAAUGAAAAAUAUUCCGAUCUGGAGAUCAACGCCGACAAAUACUUCGAGAAUACGCUGAACGUUUUGAGUCACAUUCGGCGAACCGAUCAGGAUAAGAUAGGUCAAACAGUGAAUAAAACAGCUUGGCAUACGGCACCUGCAGUCGUGAAUGCUUAUUAUAGUCGAAACAAAAAUCAGAUAAUGUUUCCAGCAGGCAUACUGCAACCUCCUUUCUACCAUCGGUACUUUCCCAAAUCGAUGAACUAUGGUGGAAUAGGCGUCGUGAUAGGACAUGAGCUUACUCAUGGCUUUGACGAUAAAGGACGACUGUUUGAUCGGGAAGGAAAUCUUUAUCGAUGGUGGAGUGAUCUUGCAAUUGAAGCAUUCCAUGAGCGCGCCUCCUGUUUAGUGCAACAAUAUGGUAAAUACACAAUUGAUGAGGUGGGCGUUCAGAUUGACGGUGAAAGCACGCAGGGAGAAAAUAUUGCAGACAACGGAGGAAUUAAGCAAGCAUUCCGGGCUUAUACGAAGUGGUUAUCCGAGCAAACGAGCGAAGAAGUGUUGGAAAAUGAAACUUUACCCGGAUUGAAUGUUACCAACAAGCAGCUGUUUUUCUUGAAUUUUGCACAGGUUUGGUGCGGAGCAAUGCGACCAGAAGCUACUAGAAAUAAGCUCAAAACUGCUGUUCACAGUCCCGGUAAGUUUCGUGUGAUCGGGACAUUGUCAAACUCGGAGGAUUUCGCGCGAGUUUAUGAGUGCGAGCCGGGAACACCCAUGAAUCCAGGAGACAAAUGUAGCGUUUGGUAGAACCGACCUUCCAUAAAUAAAU